AUGCAGCAGGGCCGGCCGUCCCUCUGCUGCGUCUCCACCAUCCGCAGCUCGCAGGGACCACCCGAGCCAGCUGCGGCCACCGCCGCUCACUUCAGCUUCUGCCGCAGCCUCCUGGAGCACACGGUCUCGGCCGAGAACCUCAGCUACCGCCUGCAGAGGAACCCGGGCAGCAGCCUCACCUGGCACGACGGCCGGAGCCAGCGGGCCGACGGCGGCCGGACCGUCAAGCUCCUGCGGCAGCCGGGCACCGAGGGCUUGCAGGGCCGUGCCUGCGACCACUAUGGCAUCUACCACACCAGCCCCACGCUGGGCAGCCUGGCCAAGCCGGUGGUGCUCUGGACCCAGCAGGAUGUGUGCAAAUGGCUGAAGAAGCACUGCCCGCAUAACUAUCUCAUCUACGUGGAGGCAUUCUCCCACCACGCCAUCACAGGUCGGGCGCUGCUGCGGCUGAACGGGGAGAAGCUGCAGCGCAUGGGCAUCGCUCACGAGGCGCAGCGGCAGGAGGUCCUGCAGCAGGUCCUGCAGCUCCAGGUGCGCGAGGAGGUCCGAAACCUGCAGCUGCUCAGCCAAGAUUGCACCAACACUGUGAAUCGAGCACCUCUGGGAUGGGCUGUGCACCGCCGAUAUGAGACCUGA